UAGACAAUUAAAAUUUGAAUCACAUUCACUUUUGUCUAAUAAGCACAAUGACCUUUUUUCAAUAUACUAUAUUAUUUUUAGCCACUAGUCUCUUCAUCAUUUUAUACAAUAUAUGGAGACGAAACAAAAAUGUACUUUCACCAAAUUGGCCAAUAAUUGGCAUGCUACCAUCACUUUUGUAUAAUCAAUCCAAUAUGCAUGAUUUUACAACCCUACUUUUGAAUCAUUAUGGUGGCACUUUUCAUUUCAAAGGACCUUGGUUCACAAACAUUGCCAACUUUACCCUCACCGGUGAUCCCAUGAAUGUGCACCAUAUCCUCAGCAAGAAUUUCAGCAACUAUGGGAAAGGAUCUGAUUUCCAUGAGAUUUUUGAUGUUCUUGGUGUUGGUAUUUUCAAUUUGGAUUCUAAUGAAUGGAAACAAGAAAGGACAUUACUUCAUUCAUUGCUCAGAAAGAAAAACUUUGAGAUAUUCAAUCAACAAAACAUUCAAAAGAAGCUAGAGCAUUGCCUAUUACCAUUUCUUGAUCAAGCAUCCAAAGGUAAACAAGUAGUUGAUUUACAUAAUGUUAUUGAGAGAUUCACCUUUGAUAUUACUUGUACUUUUAUAUUUGGAUUCGAUCCUAAUUGUCUUGACAAGUUCGAUGAGUUAUCAGAUGUUAAUUCUUGUGUAAAAGCUAUUUCUGUGAUUGAGGAUAUGUUAUUGUCUAGACACUGUAUUCCAAAGUAUAUUUGGAAGCUUGAAAAAUGGCUACAAAUUGGUCAGGCUAGAAAGAACAAGGUAGCUCAAGAAAAUGUUUAUAAAUUCUUAUACAACUGUAUAUCUUCUUACCAAGAUAAUGAGGACGGAGACGAAUCUCCUUCUUGCUUUUUAAAAGAACUAAUGAAAGAAGGAUUGGGAAAGGGAGAAAUGACCAAGGAGUAUAUUCGAGACACAACAAUCAAUCUCUUGGCAGCAGGAAAUGGAACAGUUAGUUCAGGUCUUAGUUGGUUCUUUUGGCUUGUUUCAACUCAUCCUAUUGCCGAAGCUAAAAUUAUUCAAGAGAUCAAAGAUAAAUGUUUAACACAAGACGAGAAUUUGAUCGUAGAUUUAAAUGUUCAAGAGCUUGAUAGGCUAGUUUACCUUCAUGCAGCUAUAUGUGAAGCGUUAAGGCUUUAUCCUCCUGUACCAUUUGAACACAAGUGUGCAGUUAAAUCUGAUAUACUACCGAGUGGAGACCAUGUUACUCCAAAUACAAAGUUAAUAUAUUCUUUGUAUGCGAUGGGAAGGAUGAAACAAAUAUGGGGAGAAGACUGCUUGGAAUUUAAGCCGGAGAGAUGGAUAUCAGAUAAAGGGCAAAUUAUACAAGUGCCGUCUUAUAAGUUCAUUGCAUUCAAUGCAGGUCCAAGAAGUUGUAUUGGGAAAGAUAUUACCUUUGUUCAAAUGAGAAUGGUUGCAGCUUCUAUAUUAUGGAAGUUUCACAUACAAGCAGUGGAAGGUCACUCUGUCAUUCCAAGGGUUUCUAUGGUUCUUCGUAUGAAACAUGGAUUUAAGGUCAAUGUCAGUAAAAGAUGUAUUUGAUAUAAGAAUGAAAGUUCUGUGAAUUUAAGAUUAAUUAGUGUGAUGCUUGUUGAGUGUUUCCUUGAAUGUAUUUAUUUAUAUGUCCUAGUUGAAUAACGUUAUGGUUGGAUUAUACUAUUUUUCUACUUGUUUUUGUUGUUAGGAAAUGGAUGCAUAUUUCCUUAAUGGUUGGGUUUCUGAACUUGUGAUAUGUUAUAUGUUAUCAAUUAUUAAGUUUUUGUUU